CGUCGCUUUCGUUCGCGAUCUCAGUUCCGUACGCGCGCGACGAGCCGCAGCCGAGCCGCAGCCUCGGAGCCACAUCCGCCUGUCGGUCGGUCACGGUGGGACGACGUAAGCCGGCGACGAUGACGGGCCGUCUAUGACGGCGUCGGGGUGGCAGUUCGCGAUGAAGGCCCGACCAUUCCGCCGAUGAUCCAUUCGCGAACACGGCGACGGGGAAAACGCCCUCUGCCUUCGCGGCGCGUUCCCUGCCUGACCUGACCUUUCGCUGGAGACAGAAAGAGGGAGAGAAAGAAAGAGAGAGAAAGUGAGUCAGAGAGGGUUGAGGGAGGGAGAGAGAGAGAGAGAGAGAAAAGGAGAGAGAACGAGAGAAGAGUCGAGCGAGGGGAGACUCGUGCUCGUGCGAACGCCAGGACGUAGCACGCAGGACAACAUAUAGUGCCUAUUGUACGAGAUCGCCCGAUCAACUCGCUAUAUAUCUUCGCGGAGCUAAGUUAUCGCCAUCGUCGCAGCUCGGCGACAUGAAGAAAGCGAGGAAUCGGAGCAGUGCCGUCGAGAUGUCGCGGAAGAUCUCCGAGACAUGAAGAGAGCGCGACCGAGGAUCGCAUGGGUUUCUUUAAGUCGGGGCCGGCGGUAGCAGAGCCGUGAUCAAAAUGAACUUGAUUAACAUGGACGCGGAGAACCGCGUGGUUCUGAACGUGGGCGGAAUCCGGCACGAGACGUACAAGGCGACCCUGAAGAAGAUCCCGGCGACGAGGCUCUCGAGGCUGACUGAGGCCCUCGCCAACUACGACCCGAUCCUCAAUGAGUACUUCUUCGACAGGCACCCGGGUGUCUUCGCCCAGGUACUCAACUACUAUCGCACCGGGAAGCUGCACUACCCCACGGACGUGUGCGGCCCGCUUUUCGAGGAAGAGCUCGAUUUCUGGGGGCUCGACUCGAAUCAGGUCGAGCCGUGCUGUUGGAUGACCUACACGCAGCACCGGGAUACGCAGGAAACGCUGACGGUCCUCGACAGGUUGGACCUUGACACCGAGAAGCCCACCGACGAGGAGCUGGCCAGGAAAUUCGGUUUCGAGGAGGCGUACUACGAGGGAACUCUCACGUGGUGGCAGAAGCUCAAGCCUCAGAUGUGGUCACUUUUCGAUGAACCCUAUUCCUCCGUUGCAGCUAAGAUAAUCAGUAUAGUCUCCGUUUUCUUCAUCUGCGUUUCGAUACUUUCGUUUUGCUUAAAAACCCAUCCGGACAUGCGAGUGCCGGUGAUCACGAAUCGUUCAGUAAAGGUGGACAACGUGACGUCCUCGUCGGUGGAAAAGGCACGCACGAAUGCCCACGAUGUCUUCUUUUACAUCGAAUGCAUCUGUAACGCCUGGUUCACCCUUGAGUUCUUGAUACGCAUUACCGCGAGUCCGAACCGCUGCAACUUCAUCAAGAGCUCGGUAAACGUGAUCGACAUGGUCGCGACCCUGAGUUUCUACGUCGACCUGGCGCUGCAGCAGUUCGCGGCCCACCUGGAGAACGCCGAUAUCCUCGAGUUCUUGAGCAUCAUACGCAUAAUGAGGCUAUUCAAGCUCACCCGCCACUCCUCGGGCCUGAAGAUCCUGAUACAGACCUUUCGCGCCUCGGCGAAGGAGCUCACGCUGCUGGUGUUCUUCCUCAUCCUCGGCAUUGUCAUCUUCGCUAGCCUCGUGUACUACGCGGAGCGCACCCAGAACAAUCCGAAGAACGACUUCAAAAGCAUACCCCUUGGUUUGUGGUGGGCCCUGGUGACGAUGACCACCGUCGGUUACGGGGACAUGGUGCCGAAAACGUAUAUCGGGAUGUUCGUCGGCGCACUCUGCGCACUGGCCGGUGUCCUCACAAUCGCCCUGCCGGUGCCCGUGAUCGUUAGCAACUUUGCGAUGUAUUACAGUCACACGCAGGCGCGAGCCAAGCUACCGAAGAAGAGACGCCGUGUAUUGCCGGUCGAACAGCCACGUGUGAGGGCACCCGGCGCGCCGCCCGGCGUGGCCGGCGGGCCCGGGACCGUCGGACCCCCAGGAUGCGGCCAGCAAAUGUCGCACAUGCAGUCCAGCGGGGGCACGGUUACCACUGGGCCCCACGGCCUCGGCAUGGGCCAAACGCCCGGCGUCGGAUGCACUGGCGGCGGCCAAGGACCGCAGAACCGGAGAAUGAACGCCAUUAAGACGAAUCAUCCGAAGGAUCCAUUCGCCACGAAAACAGAGGAGGACCGGAGGAAUUGUAACCUACGAACCAACGGGACCAAGCGAGCCGGAGGUUUGGAUUAACCAUUUGCGGUCGUAGCGUACUCAGACGUGGGUAUCUCUCACAACUGGUCGGAAUUAAUUUUGGAGCGAACGACGCGGCGUGUAUACACACCUAUAAUCAAAGAUUGUUCUGUAAAAUCCCGUAUAUAAAUUCCAUUAGGCAAUUCCGAAGGCAUGCUUUUGGCAAGGGGAAAAGAGAAAAAUGUAAAAAAAAAAAAACAGAAUACGAUACCUCGCUGCAUCGAAGCAUCACACGGCUUCCGUUGCCCAUUUUCAACGGCUAGGCAAAAAUAAACACUGCCGGCGAAGCGUGGCGUGGCUGAGACCCGACGUACAACCGGAACGGAAUUAAAAAAAAAAAAGAAAUUCUUGCGGCGGCUGUCACCAGAUAUACGACCGCAAAGGGUAUAUCUAUUAUUUAUCUGGAAUGUAGAAUUAAUAGAAACGGAAGAGCGAGAGAAACUCUCCUCCGCGCUCCCGAGAGAAAGGAUUCGGAUCCGUCCGGGGGACAUCGCGCGCUCUCGGCGGUUGUAUCCUCCGUUUCAAUCUUAAUUCUACAUUCCGAAUAUUGUACAUAUACCGUCGGGACGGAGAGGUGAAUGCGAGAGGAUCACUCUCUCGGCGGUUAUACCACGAGCCAUUUAUUGAUCUAAAUAAGCAAAUUGUGUAGAAGAGAGUCAAGGAGAAACUUGUGUAGCAAGUAGAGAACUUUCCUCCUUCCUUCGCUUCAUAAUUUGUAUUUUUUAAUAUUCAUAAAAGAAAUAAUACAUUUCAUUGAUAGCGAAAUAAAUGAAUCGAUAUAUUGAUUGAUAUGCCGUUCAUAAUCGAAGAAUCUCCACGAGGAAUUUUAUAACGUAGAUUGAUUU